UAAUUUUUAUUUCUUCUAAGGCCACAAGUGUAUGCAAAUGCGAUCCACAGUCAAAAACCCCAUUCACGUGCUGCGAUCAAAGCCCACCAGCAUGCCCAUUAGAUUCCGAAGCCCUUACUAGUUACUCCUUCCAUCCCGCCGCCGCUGCCUGAAAAACUCUAUUGCGAACUUCGCUCAUUUCUCUCACACCACCACCGGAGACCGAGCAUAUCCCACCCUUUCCGGCCUCGUACCUCGUAAUCGGUCCACCAUACGCCGCCCUAUUCAUGCGCAAUGGCUAGCAAAGAGUCAAAGCGUUCAACUGCCAAGGGGAAGAAGGAAGUCAAGAAAGAGACUGGGUUAGGUCUUACUCACAAGAAAGAUGAAAACUUUGGAGAGUGGUAUUCUGAGGUGGUUGUUAAUGCUGAAAUGAUCGAGUAUUAUGAUAUUUCUGGCUGUUACAUUCUUCGUCCAUGGGCAAUGUCCAUCUGGGAGAUUAUGCAAAAAUUUUUUGAUGCCGAAAUUAAGAAAAUGAACAUAAAGAACUGCUACUUCCCACUUUUUGUUACUCCCGCUGCUCUGCAAAAAGAAAAGGACCACGUAGAGGGUUUUGCACCUGAGGUUGCUUGGGUUACAAAGUCCGGAGACUCUGACUUGGAAGUUCCAAUUGCAAUCCGUCCAACAAGUGAAACAGUUAUGUAUCCUUUUUUCUCAAAGUGGAUAAGAGGACAUCGCGAUUUGCCUUUGAAACUAAACCAGUGGUGCAAUGUUGUGCGUUGGGAGUUCAGCAAUCCCACUCCUUUUAUCAGAAGCCGUGAGUUUCUAUGGCAAGAAGGGCACACUGCUUUUGCGACUAAAGAGGAGGCAGAUGCAGAGGUUCUUGAUAUUUUGGAACUGUAUAGAAGGAUUUACGAAGAGUAUUUGGCUAUUCCAAUCACCAAGGGGAAGAAAAGUGAGCAUGAAAAGUUUGCUGGUGGACUCUAUACAACAACUGUCGAGGCAUUUAUUCCCCACUCUGGUCGUGGUGUUCAAGGUGCUACUUCACACUGCUUGGGACAAAAUUUUGCAAAAAUGUCAGAGAUAUACUUUGAAAAUGAGAAAGGAAAAAGGGAUCUGGUCUGGCAGAAUUCAUGGGCAUACACUACCAGAACGAUUGGGGUGAUGGUCAUGGUUCACGGUGAUGAUAAAGGGUUGGUUUUGCCGCCAAAGGUUGCCUCACUCCAAGUAAUUGUUAUUCCAGUGCCAUACAAGGAUGCUGACACACAAGGGAUCUUUGAUGCGUGUCUUGCCACUGUUGAAAAGUUGACAAAAUCUGGUAUUCGUGCGGAGGCAGACAUCAGGGAUAACUAUUCCCCUGGCUGGAAAUAUUCCAACUGGGAAAUGAAGGGUGUGCCUCUUAGGAUUGAAAUAGGACCAAAAGACCUUGCUAAUAAACAGGUAAGAGUGGUUAGGCGUGACAAUGGGGCAAAAAUUGAUAUUCCCAUGGAUAGUGUAGUUGAACAAUUGGAAGACAUGCUCAGGGCUAUUCAGCAAAAUCUCUUUGACAUUGCCAAACAAAAGCGAGAUGCAUGCGUCCAGGUUGCAAAAACAUGGGAUGAGUUUGUGAAAGCUCUGAAUGAAAAGAAGUUGAUCUUAGCUCCGUGGUGUGAUGAAGAGGAGGUUGAGAAAGACGUGAAAGCACGCACAAAAGGAGAUAUGGGUGCAGCAAAGACACUGUGUUGUCCAUUUGACCAGCCUGAGCUUCCAGAGGGAACGUUGUGCUUUGCAUCGGGCAAACCUGCCAAGGUAUGGUCAUAUUGGGGGCGAAGUUAUUGAUAUGAUUAUUUGAUAUGAAUACUCGACUCGGUAAUGGCUCAUGGUAUAUCUAUAUUGAAGUGGAACUCUACAAUUCUUGAUUUCUAUGCCUGAAAAUCCAGGUGAAGGACAUAUUUUCUCCUUUUUUUCCCCUUCUUUUUUUGUGGUUUUGAAAACAGAUUUACGAAAAGAUGUCUUUACAUUGAAGCGAAACAUCAUGAAUCACUCAUGUGGAUUUUACCUAUGUAGAACCGCACACUGAAAUCUUUUUGAAGGACUGCCCUAAACUAAGUACCCCCACCCCAAACUUUGAUCCCAAACAAUUUUCCCUUCAACGAUCACCGCUUUUUCUGGUUGC